AUGCUCCCCUCUGCACCUGGUCUCCGAGAGGGCCAAGCAGUCGGUGACCCAAUCACCAGCUCACCGCUCUCGUUGUCGUUGUCGACUCGUCGAUCGUAUCCGCCCGCCAUGACCUUUCUCGUCAAGCUCCUUAGGCACCCAGAUAAACCCAACAUUCGCAGUCAUCCAUCCAUCUUCCCAGCAUCUAUUGAGCCAGUCAAACCUGCGCCGCGCUAUCUGUACACUACGAAAACACUGGACAACCAGCUCUCUUCCCGUUCGUCCAUCAAGCUUCAAGACCGACCUCGAGUCUCCGCUCUUCAAGAAACAAAAAGGCCAAGGCCGUUUUUGGUGGAGAAGCCGCAGGGUCGUCCAGCACCUUAA